CAAAGUCCCAAGUAGUAUUAGAAUCAUGGGUGUUGUCACUUAUAACUAUGACUCUACCUCCCCAGUCGCUCCCGCCAGGCUUUUCAAGGCCUUCAUUCUUGAAGCUGACAAGGUUUGGCCCAUAGCUACCCCUCAUGCAAUCAAGAGUAUUGAGGUUGAAGCUAAUCCACGCCCUGGAAGUAUCGUAAAGAUCAACUUUGUUGAAGGCCUUCCAUUCCAAUAUAUGAAGCACCUUGGAGGACAUGAUGAGAACAAAUUUUCAUACGAUUCUGAUUUGAUUGAAGGUGGGCUUGGGGACAAGCUUGAGAAAAUCAACUACGAGAAUAAGUUUGAGGCAUGUAGUGGAGGAAGUGUUUGCAAGAGCUCGAUGAAAUUUUACACUUUUGGUGACUAUGUAAUCAAAGAUGAAAUCAAGGCUCUCAUUAAAGGGAGUGAGGGAGUUUACAAAGCUAUUGAAGCUUACCUCUUAGCUAACCCCGAUGCUUGCGACUAAGA